GCCCGUCCCCAGGCGCGCUUGCGCACGGCCCCUCGCACCCUGCCGUUUCGCCUCUGCAGUCUCGUGCCCCGCACGCCUUGGCGGGAACCGGCGGGGGCGUGGCCUGGCCUCAGGAGCUCGCUUUUGCUCCCCUCCACGGGCCUCGCCCGGGAGCCUCGAGCUAAGGGGGUUCGCGGCCACCCCACGCCCGGGUGGGGAGCGCGGUGGCCGAGGCCGGCCUGAGGCUCGCGGGCGCAGCCCGCCUCCCAGGAGGCGCUCCGGGCGCUGCCCGAUCAGGCUCCUGAGCGUGGAGCUGGCGUGAAACCACAAGGGGGGGCCUCGCGCCAUUUUGCACGUCCUGAGGCGGGUGCUGGAGGCCGAGGCGAACUCGCCCUCCAGAAGUGGGGAGCCUGGGGUCCGCUCAGGAGCUGCACUCUGUGGUCGUGGCCUCCCUCCCGGAGGUGCAGGGGGACAGGAAGGCGGACGUGCCCGGGUGCUCGGAGCAAGGCAGGCCAGGGGCCACAGAGCAGGAUGUGGCAUUCCAGUACACACUUGUGUUCCCCUGAAUGGCCCAGAGCCCGUCCCCUGGGUCCCAGUGAGAGGUUCUUGACUUAGGUUCUGUGCUCAGAAGGAGCACUAUGAAGAAAAUGAAGAAUGCCUUUCCUGCUGCCCAUUCCUCCUGGAAUCCCAGAGGAGGCAAAGGAAAAACCACACCAGCAAACUGCAGGAGCUGGCAUUGCUGCUACCCAUGGCCCUGAAGAAGGGUACCAAGAAGCUCACCAAGAAGGAGAUUCUCCUGCACGUCCUGCACUACAUUCAGUACCUCCAGAAAAACAUCGAUGUGGCCAAGGCCUUGCUCAAAUUCCACACCGCCAAUGGGGAAGGCAGACUUGGGGGGCUGGCUCGGAACCCGGCCGUGGGCCCAGCAAAGCUGAGACGCUCCACCCCUUCGCGCUCCCCACACUGGAGGAAGUCCCGUCUUCAGGGAGGCUGCCGGAAACCUCGGAAGAAGAAACUGACCGGAUCGUCAGAACGCCAGACCCGGGCCCAGAAGCCUCGCCGCUGCCUGGCCCUGGACAAGCCCGAGAAGUGGGUAACCCCAUCCCCAGACCAGCAAGGAGGAAAUGUGGGGAGGACCACCACUCCUUCAAGAUGCACCACCUCCAGCAGUCACCCCAAAGCUGCAUCAGCCCUGCCUCAAGAUGACAGAAAGGGAGGAAGGUCCCGGCUGACGUUGCUGGACAUGGCUGAGAACAGCAUCCACUGUGACAUCUCAAGCUGCUGUUGCAGAGUCAGUGCCCAGGGUAAUGGGCCCUACCUUGCCUUCAAGGCCCAACAAGGGGCCGAGGGGAUCCAUUUUCUCAACAGGACACAGCCCUGUCCCAGACAGAAGAUGGUGUUCUACGAUUCCAGCGAGGAAGUGGACAAGGAGUCCCCAGAUGCUGACCCUUGGCUUCCUGCCUGGACCCCAGAGGGCAGCCCCCAUGGGAGCUCGCUGGCCUUGGGGCCUCCCCAGGUUAACAGCUGGGCUGUGACAGGCCACCCGAGUGAGAUCCUUGGGCUCAGCCCCUCCCUCUUCAGCUCCCCAGGAAACACACUGCCAGAACAGAUCCUGGAGGACGGUACUGAGUACCUGAUGCAAGGUCUCUUUGAAGAAGUGUUCCUAGAUCCUGAGUCUCCACUCCCCGAUGGCUUGCUUGAGGUGCCACAGAACAAGGAGACACCCUCUGAGGCUCCCAAGGACCCCCCCGACUCCCACAGCCUGUGCCAGUCCUCUGUCUCACUGGACCACUGCUACCUGUCUCUGAGCGAGAACAGCAAGGCGCCGUCCAGCUCCAGCUCUGAGAACACGGACGAAGAGUCAGUGUGGAGGCAGCCAGAGGACGAUGAGGCCGACCCCGAGCGCCUGCAGUCCUCCAGCGAUGAGGACAGAGACUACACAUGGACCCCCACCAGGCGGGCCACGACCCAGCCCUCUGCCGGGAGAAAGGCCAGGAAGGGCCGGGCGGGCAAGGGCCAGGUGGGCAGGGGCCAGGCGAAGCCCAAGGAGAACAAGAAACCCCCCUGCCCUACCCAGAUGAAGAAAAAGUGUGUCAAUGGCUUCAUCAUGUUCUGCAGGAUGAACCGGAAACAGUACAUCCGAGCCUGCCCUGGGACCGCAUCCACGGCUGCCACCAAGGAGCUGGCCCAACUGUGGCGGGUGAUGACCCAGCAGGAGCGCAGACCAUACUGCGUCAAAGCGCGCAGGUUCAGCCUCCAGCACAACCGGAUCGUGAAGCAGGACGGCUCCAGCGGCGAGGACGGAGACUGGGGGACCCCCAAGCCCUUCUACCAGCUGCUGGCCGAGAAGGCCCGCUCUUCCCCAGAUCUGGCUUCUCUGCUGCCCCCUCACAACUGAGAGGGUAACCCUGCCUCGCCUCGCCUCUCCUCUCCUCCCCUCCCCUCCCCCGCCCAUCUCACAGCUCCUGCAGCUAUGGAUGGUUUGCAGUGAGGAGCCAGGACAAAGAGGUCGUCCCCUCCUGGGCCUCAACCCUCCUUGAGCAGGUCCCUUGGCCAGUUCCUGUGCGGCUGGGAGGGGACAUAUUUAUUGACCCUGAUGCUUUAUGAGUUUGCCUCCUUGUACUAGGGCGGCCUGAACUGUGCCUGCCCGCAGUCCACUGCCCUUCCCUCACCCCCUUUCUAGCCAGUAUAUCCUGGGAGCUGCAGGGUGGGAGGAAGCCCUGAAUGAAAUGCAGUAAGGUAAAGUCUACACGGAGGGUCUCGCCCUGCCCUUCCUUUGCCCACCCCAGAAUCCAAUGGUUUCAACCCCAUUCAUUCUUGCCUAACCCCACACCUCCCUCCCCUGUUCUAUUUAUAGACUAUUUAUUGUUCUCCACAAAAUAAAGUAAGUGGAACCCUU